AUGAACGUUAAUCGCUGUAAUCGGUCAGCUUUUUUGUCCUGCCUGUUACUUUUCCUGUGUUUAAAAUUAGCCGUCUGCCAUACAGCAGUGUGCAAUAACUGUUGCUAUGAUCACCAGAACAUCAGUGAACCCCGUCGCAGUACGAAGAGCGUUUGGCAGAGUGGACAAAUUGCGUUGUGUGACAUGAAUAUUGGAUAUGGUUGGUAUCGCUUCACUAGUUUCGGUGGCGCUAAAAUGCCAGAAAGCAAUGUUCCAGAAGGUCAUUGUGGUACCCAUGAUCCAAUAUGGUUAAAUGGAACACAUCCCACUGUGACAGAAGGAAAUGUGGCUCGCACGGUCUGCAUCAAUAGCUUUGGCCUGGAUAACGGAUGCUAUGACCAUUUCGAUAUAAACGUCAAAAACUGUGGAGGUUAUUAUGUAUACUACCUUAAGCCCCUCUACUACUGUGCAGCCGCGUAUUGUGCUGGUAAGAAAGCAUUUUGCACAUCUUUUGGGACAUGUAUCAAUUUCACAAAAUGUUACUAAUAAUUAAUUAUUAUCAUGCAGGAUUCAAGGACCCAUGCCCAUACGGAAAGGAGGGCGAGCCCCCUGAUUGCAACGGUGAGUUGCCAUGCAACUUUGUAGGUACUGAUCUCAGUUGCUCCUGAAGGAGAAAAAAAAUACUGGUGGCCUUAACCAGGAAUGCACCAUUAUCGCUUUGCCUUUGAAAUGGGUAAGCAUCGUCAUUCCCCGCCGGUUCGUAAAAUAGCUUGGGCAUGACCUAAAGGGGUGGUCAAAACCCCUUCAAAGGGCGACUGCUCUCAAGCUUUUUAUGAAAAGACCUAUCAGAUACACAGUAACUGAGUGAAACUGAAAGCUAGGUAAGAAAGUCAUAAAAUUCACGGAUUGUACAUGAGGUACGAAAGUUAGAGUGUAUUCAAUGUGCCCUUACUUAGAAGUUUCCCUUAUGCAAAACUGUUAAGCUCUCGCCCCGCUCUCACCCUGAAAAAAAAAAUCAUCAUGACGUAUCAUUUGUCCGCUGGAUGCAGAAAUCGUUUGCGCACUGUCAUGUCAAAAGAAAAAAGAAUGAAAUAAUGUGCCUCAAUGUAACUUGCGCAUACCAAACCCUAUGAGAGGGAUGCUGACCGCAUGGCCACAUGUCAUGCAGUUUUUGCAUCAUUCUAAAUCUCGAUCUGAGCCUUCCGGCGUUACUCUCAUCCAGCGGAACCAAGCUGCGUCCGCUUUAGAAGCGAUGUUGGGUACAAAAAGUCUCCAAUUUGGCGACCUCUGUUUGGCGGCCGAGUUUCUUUUAUAAGUUGGUGCCUUUCAUAAGCUAAAAUGAGAUAGGUACUUGUAUGAUUCAUUGUUUAUUAUUCAGUUUUUUCAUAACGCGCUAAACCUAGCUUAUUCAGUGUCCAGGUAUUUAGCCUUGAGAUGAAGCGUUCUUCGAUUCCGACAGUUGGGGAGUCAUUUUUGAUUAUUUGAAACCCAUUAUUCAAUAUUCCAAAAACUGUACUUAUGGAAAAAGUUGAAUUCAGGCACUGUCUAUAAUAAUUAGAGGAAAGCAGGGGCGGAGCCAGCUUUUCGACUAGUUGUAGUCCUGGCUGACUUUCAUUUCCUCAUAUCCUGAAAACUGCACGGGAUGACUAAUAUGCACCGACCUCACCAACACUUUGAGCUCUUAAGCUUUUUAGCUCACCACAACAACACAAAAUUUAUUACAAGCGGUAGAGUGAUCAAACCAAAACUUUGUGGCCCCGGGCCUACAGGUCUUUGGGUAGGUUACGCCCCCAAAAAGGGCAACCGAUUUUCUUCUUACGAGUCCAACCGGAAGACAAAAUCCUGGAUUGCGUUUACGUGAAGCUGUUUGAGCAACUGCUGUUCGUGUAAGUAAAAUUUUCCUUUAUCAAAUUGUCGGUCUCGUUCAACUGAUCACGUGAUGACUCUAAGGUCGCAUACCGCCUGCCGGACUUUACUCAACUGUUGGUGAACAAGACUCAUGCAAAAUAUACAAAUGCACUAAGACACAAGUCUUUUUACUACUAAGACCAGAAUUCGUUUUUUCAUAGUUUCCUCUCCCUUUGUCUACUACAGACCCACCGAGAGAGUUUUCACAUGACUACAUUGGCGAUCCAAGCAUCACUUACAUAAACGAUCACUCACUCGAUGUGCCCUUAAUUUGCAAAGCACCUCUUCUUCAUGGCAUUGGGGCAUGGGCGAAUGUAACUUAUCUGGUUCAAUGGUUUGCAAACGGUGCGCCAUUAGGACGUGGCGAGAGAUGCCCUGGUGGUGGUGCUCCUUGUCUUGGAGUAGAUCAAAUUGACUUCAGACUUGAAGGAGAUAAGUACAAACUUGGUCAAACGGUAAGUAAGCAAGUAAGCAAUUGCAAGCCGCUUUCCGUCGAAAUUCUAGUUGCUACUAACGAAGACCCAAGCAUGUUAAGGCGUGGCCUGAGGAUAAUUUGCAUAAAAUCUUACAAUGGUCAUAACUUUGUAAAAAAUUUUCAGAACCUUCCAAAGUUUGGCAACCUCGGAAAAAUCGGUAACCUUAAUUUUCCCGUAAGGUAAAAAAUCAGAUAUCUGUGUCACGUGACCACUUAUGGUCGAGCCCAGGAAAGAAAAGAAAACUAAAAAUGGGGUGGCAAGAUGCCACACAGUAUAAAUUAAUUACAGUAUUUUUGUUAUUGUAUUAUCAUUUCUCGCUUGAAUCUGGCCGAAUGGUUGACUCACGUUUUUAUUUAAUUAGUAAUUAAGCAAAAUAGGUCACGUGACACUUUUCACCUGUUAAUAUCUUUUUAAGAAAUUAAAAAUUCUCUCCGUUCAGGCCACGGAAAAAAUUCGUACGGUAAAACAAACAUUUACACAUGGUUCAAACUUAGUUGUAAUAAACCAUUCCUACCCCAUUUUGAAUUUUUUUUUGCAUAUCAUUAUGACUUCACGUUUCAUGUUACUACAUCACUUCAACCCUAAUUUAUUCAACGCCUCGAAAGAAAGUUUCUCGAAAGUUUUUUGCAACUUUUAGAAUUAAAAUGCAUGGCUGUAGAAGAAAAAACAGCUUUAUCUUUGCGGGGGAUCAAGACCAAAAAUUGAGCCAUGCCGUAACAUGCUUGAGGAUCGAUAUGAAACAAACUUCUGACCAGCGCAAUCUGGAGUAAUUUAAACUCGUUCCAACCCCUGUUAAGCUCGAGCUCUGCAUUUAAUUUUCUUGCAAGGCAAAUAUUGCCGAAAAUUCGAUUUAAAUGAGAUUAAUGUACGUGUGAUUAUACUAAACCAAAAUUUUUAAACAGAUUUGAGCAAAGUAGAAAAAGUUCAGCUCUUAUAAGAAAUUCAAAAACUCAUUAAUAAUUCAUAAAGAAAAAACAAAAGAAAUUUUAAAAUAUUUUAUGAAUGUCUUAUGUCUGAUAAAGACACGGCUCAACUUUACGUCCAUUUUUUAGACCAAAAUAACCCCAGAUCUAAAUAUUAGUGCGAGAAUUAGUUGAUCUAUAUCAGAGAUUUUGAAGCCGACCAAAAAACUCGCAGUCCUGUAAACGCUCAGCUUCGCCUUGAGUUUUUAAACCUAAUAAUACACUCCUGCUCGUUUUUUAAACAUUGACAUCGCGAUUAAAACUGAAAUUGCGGUAACCAAGUACUAAGUUAUAAAUCAAGUUUUUACCAAAUGUAUACUAGUAACAGUAUAAAUCAUGAAUUUUUAAAGUGCGGUCGAGAUGUGAACUCCGACAGGUUUAUUCUGGGUUUAUUUCUGACCAAAGUUUUAUACGGGGAGGCUCCGCCUCGAGGACAAACUCUUCGCCUUUUAAUCUACAACGUAACUUUUUUGACAAAAUAAAUGGACCUUGUGCCCAUUUCAUAUAUCUGCUAACAGCAAGUCUUAUUUUCAUUACAAGUCGUUUUUUUAAUAAAUAAGUAAAAUGAUACGACUGUAAGGUGAGUCUGUUAAAAUUAUUUUAAUCCCUUUAAAUACCUGAAUGGCAGAUGUCCCUACCAUUUCAUAUAUUUCAACUUUUUAUAUUCCUACCCUUUCUAACCUAGAACAUGAAAAAGGUACCCCUUUUGGGCGGAACUCCUCCUAUAUGCUAUCAUAAGGAGUAACCCCCUUCCUGGGAAUGUGAAUUUCUGUGUUGAUGGGGAGAGGCGGCUUAUAUUAGUUAAAUAGUAACUGGAAAAAUUAUGCAAUGUAUAUAAGAUAAAUAAUGGACUUAAAGAGUGCAAAUAGUGUUUCGUUAGAGGAUUGUCUACAAAAUAUGCCCAAGAAAAAUACAUUUGAGGCUAGUUUAAAAAAAACUACUCAGACUGAUGAAAAUUUUCUACCCUUGAAAUCAAAACAGGUAUGUUAAGUCUGAACCGUCUCCAUGUAAACUUAAGAAUAAAUCGAUGAGAGAUGUUAAAGAACAGAAAGGUGUAAAGAUUGAAUUGCACUUCUCGAUGUUUACUAAAGUCUGUCUUAUUUCAAUUAAUUACUAAUCAAGGAGAGAUUGUGCUAUUAUUAUUUGUAGUCUAAUAAAACCGAUAAAGACAGAAAGCAAGGUUGCUACUUAUUUCCUUUUUGCACCUGGUUUUAAAAUAGAUCAUUUGUUACGUACGGGGAUAAUCAUAGGCGUACGAGCCAGGGGAAGGGGGGGGGGUGGGGGCAAAGUUGGGGGCUACAGUCCCCCUCAUUUUUUAGCAGCACAGAGUUUUUAAGCUGCAAGAGAAAUUUGGGCAAAGUCAGUUUUUAAAGAAGUUUCCAUAGUUUUUUUCCAUAUUUUCUAUUUUUAAACUUAAGUCGAGACCCACGGUGGUUGCCUCUGUGCUAUGGGAAACGUCUGUCACAGUGAAACACCUGAUAAAGAAAACUUCUUCACAUUGCUAAAUUUUACAAAAUCGAGUGCGAGAUUCUGCAAGCCUUUGAAAUGACAGAGACUAUCAUGUAUGGUAAUUUUGCAAGAACUUGUUGUGAUGAGAGCAGCCAUGUUGGUUGUAUAAGUUGAGUUGACAGCUAUUUCUUUUAACCUGUUUUAUUAACUCAUUUGAUAGAUUGGUAUAAUAUAUAGAUUUAGCCAGGGCUAAAAGCGAAGCUCUCGAUAAUAUUUAUAGCUUGUUCAAACAAAAUAUAAAAUCGUGUAAUGCUAAGCGGCGAAGGCAACGCCGGAGAACGGUGAAAACAACAAUAGGUGUAAUCUUUGCACGUGCAGCAGACUUUUCUUGUACAUUUCUUUGCCGUAUUUUUGCACGGCUACAAGGCGAAACUUCCAGAAACUUCUUAGUUACACGUUUUAUGGAGGAAAUGUCGUACGUGUUCCCGUUCACUUUUUUUUACUUUCGCUCAUUUUUACCUUGGGCAUGCAUUGGUGGUCGCUAGCAUUUCUCAUUUUGUCACCGCCGCUACAAAAUUUUCAACUUGUUCUUCCAACAAAAAUAUGUCUCCUUCGGUUUUUUAUCUUUCGCUCUAAAUUCCUGUCGCCCUUUUUCUCGUUGAGCUUAACUAGCCGGCCGCCCACUUAAAAUAACCUCGAGUUGCAUUUGGGUUGUCAUACCUGUUGAUUGAGUUAUUUUACAUUGGUAUGGCUGUGGUGCGGACGGACGGUCUCUCGGGCGGGCGGUUAACGAUCACGUGAUUACCAAAUUUUCUCGGAUGGGUAGAUUACUUCAUUUUCUUACUCAUGGUGCUCCGCUGGCGCGCUUCGCGCGCGAGAGUUCCGCUAUAAGAAUAUUUUCACCUCAUAUAUAGGGAAUCCGGAUUCCGGAAUCCGGGAAAAUUUUGCCUAUGGAAUCCAGAAUCCUGGGUUUUGCAAUCCAGAAUACAGUUCAAGGAAUCCGGCAUCCCACUAACAAUUGGAAUCCAAAAUCCAAGUUCUACUGACACAUACUGGAAUCCAGUACCUGGAAAUCUGGAAUAUAUUAAUCCACGGCGUGGCAUCCAGAAUCCAAGACUGUCCAGGAAAUCCCUCACAUGGGGCGAAACUAGGUGAGACUCCAUUAUCGGAACUCCUUCUCUGGAAUUUGAACCAGGAAACCUUAGGACGGAUAGGAGGGUCUCAAUGGAGUAAUAGCUUUAAUUUGACGGUUAAUUUUAUCCAAUUUUGACGAUGGAGGAUUAAGUUCUAGAGCUUUUGACGGUUGACGAUAAGUCGAGAGUGUUAAUUAAUAUUAACAUAAAACAUGCGAUUUGCUUCUUUAUCACUCUCAUAAACCUGUUUCGUUCUUACGAAAUUGACGAUUUUAUUAUGUAAAAAGGCUAAUUAGGAACAAAUCGGUGACUUUCUUCAACUUCUGUAUAAAAUAAUAUUGGCUAUUGUGUUAACCCUGAUUGAGGUUGUCGUAAUUGUGUUAAGUAAGUAAGUAGUUGUAUACUUAAUGUUUUCAGAUAUAUGCUAGUUGUAAGGUCUAGUAAUGUCUAUAGAAAUUUUAUUGGAUAACAUGGUAACUAGUUUUUGCAGUUUAGAGAUGCCUUCAGGACCCAGAAGUCCAUGAAAAUUAGCUGAAACACUGAGCUUUGAAAGAACUUGAAUCUUUUCAACGCUUAUGUAUCGGUCAAAUCGAAGCUUCAACAUCCCCCCCCCCGGGCAUACCCCCGGAAUUUGACACCUUUACCGUCCCGGGGAGGAGGGAAUUUGAUUAUCAGAGUCUUCCAGGGGCUGGGGAAUUUGAUCCCCAUGCUUUAGGGGUGGGGAAUUUGAACUGCACCCUCGAUUUCAUGUGAAAUCUCUGGCGUGGAGAGCUACCAUUGGGGACGCGGCAAUCGCGGAAAAGAUUUUUUCCUUUGUGGCCAAUUGGUUGCGAGAAAAGGGCUUAAACAAGCUUUGUGCCGUAUUUGAAGGUAUUUAAAUUUAACUAUUUUUAAUAUUGGAUACAGGCUUUGAAUGUAUGAAUGUAUCAAGUUGUGUUUACAAUGAAAUAGAAUACCGGUACUGGCAACUCAACACAACAGAGGACCUGCAACAUGUAUGUUAAUUAAUAAGGUGAGCGAUGAUGCAUGUCAGUGAAAUGGACAUGAUGUAGUAAUCUCAAUAGGUGGGAUUUUUGUUAUAGAACGCUUUGUAUGUUGCAUGACACACGAAGAAAACCUGAGAAUUUAGUGACCUUGUGGCAGCUAUUUCCUCCGCUUGCACGAGACUUUUGUUCGUAGUAAAUACGCUAACAGUGUUUUCAGUUUUUGUUAUAUUGAAUGCGAAUUAUUUGCUUAUUUAUAAAGAUUUUGUUCGACAACUGAAGGUGUUUCUGCCGUCCUUCUGUCAUUUAUGUGCCUGUGAAAUGUCCCCGGGGUGGGGGCAUUUGAUCACCUGAAUGGACUCCUAGUGUGGGGCAUUUGAAAGGCAUUUUGGCCCGAGUAGGGGGGAAUUUGAACAAUAAUUUUCAAAUAAAGUCAAAUGCCCGGGGGGGAUGUUGAAGCUUCGAUUUGACCAAUACUAUACAUUAAUAUUGUUUGCUUCUUUCUGCUAGAAAUAUCAUUUCAGCUGUCUUGCAUCAAAUCACAGUCGGAAAGUUACGCCAUACACUGGAAUUACGUCACCUUUUGCAAAGUUUUCUUGGACCAGUAAAGCGCGUAACAUGUACAAAUUUUGUUGCCAAAAAGUAGAAGUACUCUCUACUUUCUUGCAUCCAACAACUUUUCGCAACCUGAAACAAUCUUAUUUGUUCCAAGACAAGUUUGAUUCACGGAAGGUAAAACGCACAACAUCGCUGUUCAAUUCGUUUUGCAGAUUUUCUGCCCUUUUCACCGUACCUUUUUUAAACCAUUAGUCAAGUGAUGACAUCAUAAAAUCAAUAAUUGUAAGUAACCCUAAUAAACCCUAAAUUUUAUUUUCACUGAGUCUAUCCCUCUGGUCUACACCCGGAAGUAAAAAAAUAUAUUUGCAAACAUACCUCUUUAGAGACCGUUUUCUUUUCCUUUUGUAAUACCUGUUGCAAACAACCAGUAGUACAACUACCAAGAUCAGGAGCAAGCCGACGAAGAUAAAGAUCAAUAUAUUUACAAGGGAAAGAUCUGUGAGGCAAAGAAGAAAAAAGCCGGUCGGCAGUAGCCGUAUUUUAGAUGCAUGUAGUUUGUCUGAAAAACAUCCCUUAUACAACAAUAAUAUAUAGAUUUAGCCAGGGCUAAAAGCGAGGCUCCCAUUAAUAAAUUUAUAAUUUAAAUCAAACAAUAAACUUGUAUUCCACAAUUCAGUUAACUUUAGAGCCCAUUCGUGUGACUUUUCAUGGAAAGGCUAAGUGAUUUUCCAAAAAAUAAUUUGCAAGCAGCCCAAGAGUGAACCAAAUCUCACAUCGAGUUGAUAGCCUCAUAAGUACACCCAAAAAGUGGCAAUCAUCUUCGAUCACAUUUAUUAAGAGCCAUAAUGGCUCUUGAUCGCCGUAGAUUAAUUAGGCCUGAAAAAAAAUUCCGGCCGAAUUUUUUGCGUUCGACAAGUUUAUUUUACAAAAUCUUGCCAACAAAUCUGGGUGCGACUGUAAACCAACCUUUUAUAUCAUUUAUACAUCACAUCUGAGGUGAAACAGUACUAUGAGGCACUGUUUUUAUCAUACAGACCUCGCACAACAGAAUGCAGUAUUUCACAAUAUUGCGAUACAAAUUGCUAUCAUUCAAUAUUCAGGACGAUCGCAGCACGCGUGGGCUUUAGCUAAACCGUUAAAAAAAAAAUUAAAAUCAUUUAUACGGCCAGCCGGUUCUGACUUUUGCAGUGCUAAUAGUGGCGGGUGUUUGAAUGAACAUUAACAGAGUUACGCUCCAACAUAAUAAAGAAUUUAUUAUGUUUAUUUUUUAUUUUAAAACGGUUUAACGCGUGGCAUUUUGAGUACUCCGGGAAGCGUUGUUCACUGAAGGACUGAAAACAAUCGACACAGCGAUUAAAAUUACAAGAGACAGCACUAACAAUUAAUAAAAGAAAUAUAAUUCGGUGAAAAAUAUACAGAGACGACAAUUUUCAUUCAGGAAGACAAGUAUUAAAGUGUCUUUAAAAAUCCUGAGUCUUCGAGCUUAAAGCUGAAUUUUGUGUUUUAACCCGGCUUUCCGGUGUUUGCUUUUUUCAAAGACGAACUCGCGGCAAGGAAAUCGCUCAAGCCUUUCUUUUACAGUCAGAAGUAUAACUAAAUAUUCCUUGAAAUGUUUUCUUUCUAUUUGCGGUGAGAAGAUGUCUAAAGGCUUUUUAAAGAUCUGUAAGCUUAUAACAAACCUGAUACGCGGUCAGAUCAUUGUCUCAAAUCUUACAAACGUGCGUAAACAAAAAAGCCGCAUAAACUACGCUCGACUUCAUUAAAUUAGGAAUAAAAAACAAACAUCAAAUACAAUAAUUACUUAGGCUUACCACUCGAGAUGCAGCUCCUCAAAGGUAUCAAGGAAGGCCAGUAUCGCUUCAGACUUUGCAACCCUCUUGCGCAUUAAGCAAGGUGAAAACGAAAACGAUGCAAUCCGAAAUCGGAUUUCCGACUUUGACUCAACCAAAAACCCAAUAAACAAACUACCCAUGAAUAACAGAAGACUCCUGAUAGAAUCUGAAUUUCAUUUUGUACAUCUAGUAUUGCUCACAUGUGAAUAGCAAUAUCAUUACUAUAUAAACAUUGAAAUAACAUAGAUUUUUUUUUUAUGUUGGAAUGAAAAGGUUUAUCCUAAGUAAGUGCAAAUGAAAAUCCAGGACAAAAUUUUAAAUGGCAUUUUUUACAAAUAGUUAAAAAGAGAGUUCUUGGUAGUAAUAAUAAUAAUUUCAGUGUUUUUUUCCUUUACAAGAAACUAAGUAAUGCAUUAGGCACUUCACAGAUCAUUAAAGUGCAUUUAAGGUCCCUGGACUCCUAAAAAAUUCGCUUAUGGUUUAACAAGACCUCUUUGUUAACAAUGCGUUAAGCUCAAACCGUUUAGUUAAUGGAAUCCCCGAAUGAGAAAGCAACGUUUUCAUCUUACAAGUAUUGUAAAUAUUGUAUAAAUGACUAAAAUGUUUUUUAUUAAAUAAAGUUUUGUUGGCUGAUAAUUACAAUGUCUUCCUUCAUUGAACUGCGCGAGACAAAAAGUAGUCCACAAAGACGUUCUUAGGGCUUCCUCACGUGUCCCUUCCCUAAGGAGAGCGUUGCGAAGCCCUAAGAACGACUACGAUGGAGGCUUGUCAAAAAGGAGACUACUGUAAUCCGCGUAGAUAGAUCUAAGUAUAGACCCCAUGUGAAAGGGGAAUCCUAUAAGACCAAAGCAUAUGAACGACCCAAAAGCGUAAACAUUCAAUAAAACAUAAAACAAGUUCGUGUUCAAGAAUAUGCAAACUGAAUUUCAGGAACCAGAUAUAAGCAUUGCUACUCGCGAUCGUAUAUUCUUGGACACGAAGAGUGUUCGUAGUUGUUCUACUUUGAAUGCUGCAGAAUACCAAGUUCUGCAAAGUCAUGGCCUUUGGUGCGCGUUCGCAAACGCGGCGAACACUUGAGAUGUGCGUUAGUAUUCGGGCGUGUUCGCGUCGGGUAUACCGUUCGUCACUGUCGUGUUCGCGUCGUAUGCGGACUCGAAAAUUUGUGGUCAUACUAAGAUGUUCCAAUGACAAAUGAUCAUCAUUUAUCGAAACUGGUCAAUAUUGAUCUUUUAGAAAAGGAGUCGGGAGUAUGCCGUUUAGAAUGCUUCUUAGUAUUCCAGGGUAUUCUAUUUGAAUUCGGAAAAACAGUCCGGAUUCUAAGUAGAAUAUUCUAGGUGUACGUCGCGUCAUGCGUCCUUGAAUACUUCAGGAUAUUAUCGUAUACUCCACGUGUGCCUAUCCGUAUUCGGGCAAAUUCGGUCGCGAAUAUGUACCUUUUUGCCCAGUGCAUCCAGUGGAAAAAGAAAGUUAAAAACAUCACAAGUUGACACAAAACUCUGUCAGCUUCAGCUGUCAAAGUAAACAAGAUUCAAGAUGCUGCAUAAAUUUUCCGCAUGAACUCACCUGUCAAAUUUUGACCAAUCAGAGCAUAAAAAUUGGACGUAGAGUGUGACCAACGCGUGAACAUGGCGAGAAAAGUCAAAAGCAACUGUCUUCCCUGCCUGUAGCAGCUGGCUGAAUUUUCGCGUCCGAGGUCAGUUUGAAAUCAAAAUUUUAAUUGUGCGGCACAUAAGCACAACAUAUUUCAUAUGAAUUUGAAAAAAAAAAAUUAAACUUGAGCCUGCGAUCAUUUGAAAACAAGUACCUUGUCAGUGGAUAACUUCCAAAAAUACUCGACCUCGAUGGGUCGACACCUGAGCCCGCGAUUCGCUCAACUGAUACUGGUCAGCGGAUACCUUGUUUUGACAGCUGUCAAUUGAUCACAUUUCCUGUGCUCCGAUCCCAAACUAGCUAAAAAGUAUGAGAUUGAAUAUUGUUUGCGAUCUAGUAAAACGAUUAACUGGUCAGCGGACAGCUUCCAAAUAAAUUACGUCACCUCGAUGAAUUGACAAAUGAGCCCGCGUUAUGGUCAUUGAAUACUGGUCAGUGGCUAUCCUGUUUUGACAGCUGUCAAUUGACUAUAUUGUGAAUGUCAAAUAUAAAAGAUGAGGACUUGCCAACACACGCCUGAGACACCCCUCCCUUCCUUUUGAUAGUCUCCCCUACCCUACCCGUACAAUCUGUAGACGCGUACGUACGUCGGUCAGUCACGUGACAACCAAGCGAAAAGAGGUUGACCAUAUUCCAUGAGUAUGGGGCUCUGUACCACGCGCGCUUCGCGCGCGCGGGAGCCCCGCUAUUAAUUAUGUUAAGUCCUCAAGAAAUGCAAUUUGCUUUAGGCUACACUUACUAUACGAGUUAUAUUUACAUUGGCGUUUGUUUUUACUGUAGGUUUUGGUUACCGGGGAAGACAAUAAUUAAUUAAAAGGUUGAGUUUGAUCGUCCGGGUGAACGUAGUCCUGAAUAGGACUGUUGUUGUUGACCUGUGCGGUAGUCAUCUUCAGAGUCAAAGUGAGUUGUGUCACGUCAGUUGAUGGUAUUAUACUCUGAUUGUGGCGGUAUACUCCGGUAUACUCUGGUUGGGCGGGGGUAUACUUUACAGUCUUCUCUUCGCUCGUCUUCUCUCUUUUGUUGACCCACGGACAACUCAUUUCGAGUGUAAUGACCCGCUUAGUAUUGUGUUUAUGAUCGUGCGUCAUCUGACUCGUAUACAGGCUUGGGCUUAGCCGGAGAGUACCAGAGUGGUACCUCAUCUAUAAGUUCCAGAUCUUGCAGCAUCUCACAUCUCUCUCGCACGUCUCUCAUCUAAAGCUCAGUCGUGUCAGAAAAGGUACUGGCUCUGUGUCAGCGCACCACACCAGGACAAGAUGGGAGCCAUACUUUCUGGGGCCUUACUACACAACCUGCACCACGCCUCGCCCUCCGAACUUGUAUGGGUCUUCUGACUGGCAUAUAACCGAGUUGGUAAUAGUUGCUCUUACAGUUCAAAAAUGCCGGCGAUUGUGUGUGUUAGACAGGACUCUGAUCUAAUUCUGUCAGCCUGCAAAAGCAUCCACUAGCUCUCAAUUUCUUAUCCUUUGACCUACUAGCCUUCCUUGCCAUCGUUAGUUUCUUACUUCCUCCUCUAGCCUCUCUACUUGAAACGUUCGCAGUUUCAUCUUGACUGAAUGGCCAUGUGCUCGAGAUUGAGCUCCACACCGAGCUUUUUCGCGAGCCUAAACGCUUCUUUAACCGUGAUCCUCGGUCCCAUAUGUUAUUAUUAUUAUUAUUAUUAUUAUUAUUAUUAUUAUUAUUAUCAUUAUUACCAUUACUUCUAUUAUUAUUAUUAUUAUUAUUAUUAUUAUUAUUAUCAUAUAAUUUUUAUUAUUAUUAUAAUAACUGUAUUUUUAUUAUUAUCAUUUUCAUUGUCAUUCUUGUUACUUCCUUUUUUUAUCCAGAUAUCUUGCAAUAUCUCUGCAAAGUUUACCACAUCCCCGAAAAACGUCUGGUCAACUCCCAAAUACACUCGGACGCCAUUCUUUGUAGGACUUCAGGUAUGGAAUGUUAUUUCUAAUUAGUCAUUUUACUUACAGGUCUUACAUCAUGUUCACCCUAAGUUUGACUAUGCAAUGCUUUGAAUUCGGUGACGUGUAAAAUAUUGCGAGGGCCACAUUUUACACGUCACCGAGUAAAUAAAAUAAUUCCGCACGACACAACAAAGUCAAAAUAGUUAAAAAUGCAGAAGUUACUCAAACUCACCUGAGACGCAGGUCAUGAAGGCCAGUGAGCGGGUCGGCUAUUAAAACAGAGUUUAACCGGCGUUACAAAACCACGGGUAAUCGAAGAGAUAAUAAAAAAAAAGUAGCAAAAAAAGUAAAAACAAGGCAACAAUAACAAAGAAAGAUAAAAUAAAUGAAAUCAAUACAAAAAAUAAAAGAACGAAUGUAGUUAACCAAAAGUUGCUUGAUGUACUUAAUUCGUUGUUUUUUUGUUUGUUUGUUUGUUUGUUUCUUCUUCUGUAAAGCAGAUAAACAAAUAUGACAUGGCGUUCCUUCUAUCUUUCACGUGACUGUUGCGUUGAUCAGAAACACACUAUUGCAUUUCAGGACCUCUUUCAGUAGUCCAGUUGCUCGUAAUGUUUAAUCAGUUUCCGCAGUUAACAUAGGUGAUUCUCUAAGCGCACCAAUGGGUUGCUCACGCAAUCUAGGUUUCUUGACAAAAGUUCGCUCGCAAGAAUUCGCUCAUAAUUCGUAAAGUUUAUGUACGCUCGCCAUCAUUACUGUGGGUCUACCGUGAGCAUUCCUUUGAAAAUUUACAGAAAUGACGCUAUGCAUGCUUGCGAUCCCCGAGGUUCCACCGAAGAUAGAUGGCUAUGAUGGCUUCGGGCAGGCCUCGACCUGGUUUCUCGUGCUUCUCUUUAGCCCGCUGCCCUUUUUGACGCAAACUCGUAAAUGUCUAUCUUGCGCACGCGUAAUAUACGCCAGAGGGCGAUUGUACCCUUGAUACUUUGAUUGAUACUUUAUCCUACUUACAGUGUAGGUUAUAAAGCUGGUGAAAGCGACAUAACGAACCGCCUCUUUUGAAUUACGUUAGCGGUUUUCUGAGCUGAUUCACUUGAUUCCCCCUUCAGAUUUCUUGUAACAAAAUUCACUUUCUCUAUUCUGAUGAUAAUAAGAGCCCAUGUUCUAUUGGAAAGUCCUAUGAAAUCACAAACUCGUUCACGAACAACAAACAAACUUGUGAAUGAAGCCGUUACCGUGCCUGUGAAAUCCGGACUGCGUAGACAACCAAUCAGUUUUCAUGAUUCGUUAUCGUGCCCUCUUGGAAGAAGAUAAAGAAUGGUGGUUUCUUUAACCUGCUUAAAGAAACAGUUUUAAGUGCUGAAAACAAUAGAGAGUACAAAAAUAGAUAAAUAAAUAAAAAGACCACAUAUUUUUUUUCCUUCUUCUUUUUCUAUCAAUUACUGAGAAUAUAUUUUUGUUUAGGAAAUCACUGAAUAAUUUCCUGAUCCAUUGUUUUUAGGUCAGUCAAACUUCACUAAACAUACCGACUUUAGAAAAUUGUGACCUUAACACUGAGUACGUGGUGACCUUCACCCCUACAAUUCCUGUUCGACAUUACAGUGGUAGACAUCCGGUGAUAACCUUCUUUGCACCUGAUGAAGUAAAUGUAAAGGAAUCCUGCAGCGUAAGUUUAAUCGAUCUCAACCGGGUAAACGUAACUUUUACGGCAGCCUGUAAACAAGACCCGACAACUGGACUGAAACCAAUAAUUCCAGUUUUUCUUCAAACAACUCCUGUUUGGAACCCCAAGAAGUACAGUCUUCCCAAACUCUGGGUAUGUUUAAUUAUCAAGUUAUCAAAGCAAUUGUUCGCGUUAUGUUAUUAACUAAGCUGAUAGGAGGGCUGCUUUUAUAUAAAUCCAAAAGCACUGCGCGCCUAAAAGACAAAAAGUUUGAAAAUUGUAAUGAUUUAAAGAUAACAUACAAGCGCUUCCCCCCUUAUAUUCGCUUUCCUAUUUCGCUAUUCAUUGACUCUCAUGGUGUUGGAUUGUGGGAUCGGUAUUCCGCAAUAAGAUAAUACGCAUAAAUUUGAAACAAAUCUCUUCUUAAAGAGCACCAGUUUUCAGGAUUUCUCAAUACAAUGAAAGCAUCCUAAAAAAAAAAGAUCAAUAAUUUGUCCCAUGUUCUCUUUCGUCUCGGAAUUAUCUCAUGCGCCCCAAGCUGCUGCCAUGAUCACCUUUGAAAAACUUUUUUUUUUCUUUACCUUCGAAGCUCUCCAUUUGCUUGCCAAAUCUGGUACAUUGAACCUAUCAAGUUUUCCAAAUUUUGUCGAUUUAUAUACUUAGGUUACUGUCAAACAGUCCAUGAAUAUCGAGGGCAAUUACCAUGAGUUUUAGACGAUGGCUAAUAUAUCAAUCAAGGCCUGGGGUUCGCAAAUACACUAAUAUUCAUUUCUGGUAUUGUCCAAUUGUCAUUAUUGGUUUUGUCCUUAGGUCAAUGUCAGGAAAGUAACUGAUAUACACCAGUGUAAGUCAAUUACAGAUCCACAGUAUUCUCCAUUGCAUCCUCGCGGUGAGGCACCGUAAGUAAUAAGACGUAGGGGACUGUAUUUUAUGUAAAACCAACAGCAAUGGCUAAGCAAACACUGACCUUCUAGAGACUAAAAAUUAUACCGAUUUAGUAAGUAAAAAACAAAACAAAAUAGUCUAGUCCUCUCUUUCGCAAGUUUGGCCUACUUAAAUUGGAGGAAUUUAAUAUAUUUAGUCAGUGCCCCAUUUAUGUAUGAUUACUAUUCAAAUAGACUCCCAAGUACUUUCAAUAAUUUUUUUUAAAGCAUUAACAAAGUACAUCAAUAUGCAACCAGAUUGGCCUCUAAGAAGUCUUUCUAUUUACCGAAAGCUAUAUAGGACCAACUAUGGUAAAUUUAAUAUCCGUUUCAGGAGGGCUAAACUCUGGAAUUCUAUUCAAGAAGAUCUAAAAUAAGGGAAUCGUUUCCGCUUUAAAAAGCUUUUAAAAGAAUCUGCCUUCUGCAAAUAUUGAUUAGUUCCUUGGUGUGCUUUAUAUGCAGGUAAUUGCAUGGUCAGCCGUUGUCGCUUGCUUCUUUGUUUAUUCGUUUGUGUAUUUGUUUUUUGUUUUUUUUAUCACAGUUUAAAUACUUUUCUUUGUGUGUUUAUGUGUGCAUUUGUUUAUUUAUUACAACUUAAAUAAAUAAUCUAGUUACUUUUAAAUGUUUUUUUUUUUUUUUGCAUGGCCCAGCCGCUCAGUGCGAUUACUUAGUAUAUUAUAAUUCAAAUUAUUCUCAGUGUAAGCAGUUGUGUCUUGUUUCUUUUUUUUUUUGUUUUUGUAUUUUUUUUUUGUUUUUUUUAUCACUUUUUAAUUUUUUUUUUUUUUUUUUUUUUUUUUUUUUUUUUUUUUUUUUUUCAAUUUAAAUAAAUAUUUUAGUUUUUUUUAAAUUUUUUUUUUUUUUUUUGCAUGGCCCAGCCGCUCAGUGCGAUUAGCUUUUGCUGUUUCUGAGUGGCUUUCGCAAUUAUUUCUUUUAAAUUUCCUAAUUACUCCUAUUAGAUCAACGACUACGAUUAUUUUGAGAUCUCCUCGUGCUUCUGUCAUUAAAAGCGGGUGGUACCUUACUGCUAGCAUACUUUCACAUAUUUUCGCGAAUUUGAAUGUCAAAACAAUUAAACUGUCGCUCGGCCGCCAACCAAUUCUGCAAGGUAAUAUCGUCGCAAAAAUUAUGAAAGGAAAAAAACAAACAAACAAUAGAGGAGUUCACGCUCGUAGUUGCAUCACGGGUAAUCAGGGCAAGAUGGCGGGGAAUUCAAAGAUUUGUAUUGAAAUUCGAAGCCAGCUUAUUCUUCCUAAAUUCAUAUAUUUAAUGCUUCCUCUUUGAAAAGAGUAACUAACGAGUUCAAAGAAACUAUACCUUAAAUCUAGACUGAAAAGAAGUAGGUGAUCAAUUUUUAGAAAACCUCAAUUUUUUCAAACAUUUCUGUAAUUUUGAUAUUGUAGAAUUACAGAAAAUGUAUGGGAAUAUCUAUGUUUUCUAAAAUCUGAUCACGGAUUUCUUUGCACUCCAGAUUUAGUGUAUUGUUUCUUUGAACUCUUAAGUUACUCUUUUGCAAAUCAAUGCAAAUCUUUAAAUUUCCCUCCAUCUUGCCCUGAUUACCCAUGACGCAACUAUGAGCGUGAACUCCUCUAUAUUCCUGCAAAGUCCUUUUAAUCCAAAAUGCCAUGGAUAUACCCGUCACUAAUAUACAUCCUUCGUUCCCAUGUGUAGUUUUUACGGGUAUCAGGGGCGUGGAGACUUUAUCCUUUACAAGAAUACAGAGAGACAAUUUGAGGUAGAAAAUAUCGUUUCUAAGGUUAUCUUAAUUUCUGUGGCGUAACAGUCACAGUAUAAAGCUUUUAAAAAAACAUAAGCGAGCCUCAAGGGAUUUCGGAUUUUUUAAGUUGUGUAAUUAUAAAUCAGUGUUAUCAUCAUCAUCCUCACUCUCAUAAUUACAUCAUGAUGAUGAUCAUCAUCAUCAUCAUUUUAGAACACUUAAAUUGAUAUCUCAUAUCCUAUAGAGCACUUAUAUAUUCCUGGAUAUUUGAAAACCGGGUUAGCAAGUCAUUCCACUACUUGGCAAUUUAAAACAAUAAAAAAUCAUUCAAAGGCCGAUUAAAAGACUCUAUCUGACGCCAGGCAGUAAGUUAGUGGUCCCAACUCAUUUCAACUUGUCCAAAUUCAAAAUGAUGCAAAUUUUAGAACAUUUAUUCGGUAAUCAGACUCCGUGAAGUUUCAAACCGGUGUCAUUACAGUCCUUAUUAAGGCUUACAUAAUAUAUAGAUUUAGCCAGGGCUAAAAGUGUAGCUCUAGUAAUUAAUUUAUAAUUUAAAUCAAACAAUAAACCUGUAAUCCACAAAUCGGUGAACUGGUGAGAUCCAUAUGACGUUUAAGGGUGGGGCUGGGUGACUUAAGAGAAAAAAAAAUUUGCAAACAGUGCAAAAUAAAGCAACAUCUAAAGUCUUACACCGGGUUAAUAGUUUCAUUUAUACACCUAAUAAAUAGAAAUCGCCUUUCACCACAGUAGAUUAGGCGUGGAAAACAAAUUCUUCCCAAGCAAAUUCACCUUUGUGCCAACCUUUAGUUUUAUGCUAUAAAGGCCGUAAGGACACGAUAGUCCCCCGUGAAAGCCAAUUUACUCGUUACAACUUAUCGGUGUCUCUCUGUCUACAGGAAAGGCCAAAAUGAAAAAUCAGGUAGGAAUUUUUUUGUGUGUCUCGACAGUUCUAGCUGGUAGCGCGUAAACCAGCCUUUUUACAUUACACCAUCUCUGAUGUAAACGGAACUAUCAUGCGUUGCUUGUUUUUAGACCUCGGACAGAAUUUAUGUCAUUUUUUGCCUAGUUUUAAUUAUAAUUCUGCAGUUUUUUACGGAAUAAUCUUACAAGACAAAUUGCACUCAUUCAGUAUUCAGGAUGAUCGAAACACACGCUUCCCUUCCACAACAAAUUAUAAUAAUAACAGCAUGAUAAAACGCUUUUAUAUAGAGAAUUCACCAUCAUUCAGUCAGGCGAAUCUGCCAUUAUGUAGUAUGCGGGGUAAUUACGGGCUUUGAGCAAAAACUUUCGAAAAAAAAUGUAUUUUAAUUCAGCUUACAAGAUCACCCGUCCGACCAGCCAAUUCUGAAUUUUGCCAAGCGCCAAACUUAUAGUGAGAGCUGCCGUGUAUUUGAAUGAACGCUAGUAAUGAAGAAGAGGUCUCAGAAUCAUUUUCGUUUGCAUUUUCCUUACUAAAUGCCAUAUUUGAUAAACGCGGCAUUUUAAGUACUCUUGCAUGCGGUGUUCACGGACGACUGAAAACAACAACUGGCAAAAGCGAUCAUGUAAGAACGAGAUUUGACAAACAAUCAAGACAAGAAAUAUAAUACAAAGAAACAUUUAAAGAUCAACAAUUUUUAUUCCCGAAGACGUGUUUUGAGAGUAAAGUGUCUCGGAAAAUCCUGAGUCACGAAUAAAACCUUGCAGAUUUAAGACUUCAGUUUUAAGCCACCUUCGCCGUGUUUGCUAUUUUGCAAGAUGAACUCCACGCAAGAAUAUCGCUCAAUAGGAUAACUAAACUAUUUUUCAGAACUUUUUUCUUGUAGUCGCGGUCAGAAAAUGUCUAAAGACUUUUUAAGUUCUUUACUAGGUCAGAUAAAUCGUCUCAAAUCUUACAAAUGACGGCAUAAACAUGAAAAAAGAAAGCACAUAAACUGCAAUCAAAUUACUUAAGCUUACCGGUCGAGAUGCAGCACGGAAACCCAUCAAGUAAGGCCAGAAUCGCUUAAGACUUUUCGCAUAGUCCAGCGAGGCGAAUUAAGUAAGCUUACUAAGAGUAGCUUAUUUUUGAAAACCAUGAUUCCCGAUUUCUUUUUGUCGUGCAGCGCAUUUCUCAACCACAACCCAGUAAACAAGCCAGCCAAGAAUAGCAAAAGAAUAUGUUGAUAGCUGCUGUAUUUCAUUUUGUAGAUCCAGUGCAAAAAGGCAGGUAAAAACAACACAAGAUGACUCAAAACUCUGUCAGCCUCAGCUAUCAGUGAACAAGUCGCAGAUGCUGCAUAAAUUUCCCACUUGAAUCCUCUUCGCUAGCGCGCCGUUAAUUUUUACUCUAUGCCUUUCUCUUCUUUCUCUUUCCCGUCGCCCUUCACUUAAAAGCAAACAGUUUGAAUUCAAUCCGCUAUUGUUUGUUGCCAUAACAAUUUUUUCGACACAGUUUACUAGAAACUGAGCACUACGGUCACAAAAUCCUUAUGCAAUGAAGUAGAUAGAGUAAACAUGAUUUUGAACGCAACGACAGCCACGCCAUUUCUUGCGCGAUUUCCACCCAAGAAAAAGGAGGGUUGCACAAAUGCAUCGCGCGAUUUAUAACAUACUCCUCCCCCGGACGGGCUGACACCUGAUUCCCUUCCCUCCCCCGCAAAGAGUGUACGGGCGUACGCUACGUCAUAACCAAAUUUUCUCGGAUGGAUGUUUUACCAGAUUUUCUUACCCAUGGUGCUGCGCUGGGGCGCUUCGCGCGCCGGAGCUCGGCUAACAACUUAAAUAGUUAGCAAAACAAUACCUUUUUGCGGUCCGAAAAACGACAGGAUAUCGCUUUGAAAACGGACCUUCUUAAUCUACAAAAACCGGCCAUAAUGGUUCAAAGCCAACAGCCAGGCCGUUGAAACUAGACUUAGAUCCAAUUCUCCUGCAUGAGUCGAUAAUUGGUUUUCCAAGGAACAAUCAGCUACCGCUAAACACCGACGAAACGUUUUUAUUGCUGGCACAGAAACUGUAUUUUGGUACAACAGCUCAACCACGCGACCACAUACCUGAGUUCUGCCUGUCAACACCGUUUGGAGAUCACACAAUCACACACUUUCGCGGCACUGAUAAAACUAUCCACAAACACGUAUAAUCUUCUCACGUUUAACACAAGCGAAAUAUCAUCAAAUGACUCGGAAAAACUCAGCCUAUUGGCUGGACUUUUCUCUUACACCCGUCUUGGGGUGCGUUCCUUUGGGAUGAUGCGGAUCAGGAUCAGUGAUCCCAGAUCACUCGGAUCAUGGUAGAUCAAAUGAACCGAAGAAUACUUGUCCAGAGUGGAUUCAUUGGUUCAUUUGGUCUACCAUGAUCCGAGUGAUUUCGGAUCACUGAUCCUGACCAUCUCAAAGGAACGCACCCUUAUUCAAGUUCCCGUACAAUCACACGGUCGGUCAGACCAGGAUAGACCCCAUUUUCAGACCAGAAAAAGUCUUGGCCCGGGUCAAAGUUCACCUGAAAUUUUGCUCUCGCCUAAUAAAUUUAACUCCUUAAAGCCUGUUCCCAAAAACUUGAAUUUAGUGGUUUCCUUAGAAAAGCGAACAAUAUCGUACCUUUCUGUCUCAGCUCGGAUCAGGGUGAUUGAUCCCUUAGCUAAAUGCAUGAAACAAGAAUACUUAUAUCUUAUUGGACAGUUUAGUGUGUAGUAUUGUGGGAUAUUUUUACGAGUCACGCUGUAUUUUGGCGAGCACGUAGGGCAAGUCAAAAUACAAGAGACAAGUAAAAAUAUCCCACGAUACUACACACUAAACCGUCCAAAUAGGAGAUUAUUCAACUCGAAGACUGUAAAAUAGAACUCAGUAUAAAUGUGCACAGCUGCCUACUUAUGACAAGAAUGCGUGACAGACUAACGUGAGUCCAGUUUUCGGGCGCUUUCAGGAACGUAAAACGCUGCUGCUGAUUGGUCAGAAAUAAAAACUUGUCAAACUGGUUUACUCAGUAAACGAACUCUUUUCGAAGUUUUCGUCGGCGCUUCGAGUUUUAUCUUUCAAACAUUUGCUAAGAAAACAGAGAUGGAAGAUCAGGCUCUAUUUUCGUUUUGCAUUGUAAAUAACAUUCCGGCGGGCAAGGCGAAACGAAAAGAGAGCCUGACACAAACCUUCUACGAAACGUCUGCCGCCCACUUUUUUGAUUGAUUGACAUUUGCCGAAUCAGCCAACCAGAAUUACUCCCGUUGCAUGCUUCUUUUUUUAGACGUCAGAAAAACGCAGAUUCGCCGACUUAAAAAAUGGCUUUUAUCUUUUUUUUCAAACUAAAAAUAAAACAGUCAGCACAGUCACAUUUAACUUCUUGCGAGAUUGAAAGAGAUCUUGCAGACUUUUUUCUGUUGCGUAGGGGGUAAAAAGUUUUCGUAAAGACGGCGACAGAAGUUCUCAUUCUAAUAUUUUGGCUAGGCGCGUUCGAUUCUUAAAAUACUGAAAUUUCUAUUUUUCUGUUGCCUUAUAUUUUCCUCGGCAAUUUUCCCCGAUUUUCAGUACACAAAUCUUUAAAAAUCUUGGAGAAAUACAACAUGGUGAACUCUUUCAAAGGAUAUAAAAUUAUCCCAGAACAAACCAAACGAGUUCUCAAGUGCAUUUGAUUUCAGUCCUGUAAGUACACUGCAAUUUGGGAAUUUACUAAAAACAGCCGUCUAAGAAAAUAUACUUUUUAUACAUGAAGGUAGAUAUUAUCUGCCUCUUUGGAAAGACGAAACGAAAUUUGCUUAAACUAGUUCUAACUGCAUGCUCAACUAACCUAAAAACAAAACGAAAAAAAAAAACAUUACAAACACACUUUGUAGUUCUCAAUUUAUUAAAUAAUCGAAAUUAACAGACAGCAAACAGCCAACGAGCGAGGACAACAGUUUUUCUGGUUUAUUAUUCACAAAAAUCAAAGGCAAGCAACAAAUCUGUUACCUAAAGACUAGCAACACUAGCUUUUAUAAUAAUGCCUACAAAAAUUCUUUGAACAGCGAUGUCAUAUAUAAUGUCUAAUACUUUAAAGCUGGCGACUGAGGUUUCUUUCGCAGUGAGCUUCAACUUGCGUACCCCGUUCAGAGAAGUCAUUCCAGGCUAAACGUUCAAGUGAAACCAGUUUUAACAAGAACAGUAUUCCGACGUGCACUCGUUUGCUGGUAAUAUAAAUCAAAGGUCAGCCUGCAGAGGGAUUCGACUCCGCGAUACACUAGAAUUAGUUCCGUAAAUUAAAUUAAUCCUGAGAAGCUAUGGACAACCAUCUGAAUUUUCUGAAUUUCCAGCGCACAUAUUGAGGAAUAUUUUCCUACCAUAAGACCGUAAAAAAUCCAAAAGACAGCAAAAUCCUUCUCUCCGCCGACUGUGGAACAUUCGAAGAUUUUUGAGUGCUACAGCCACGCAAGGAAUAAUUCCAAUAGCCAAUCAGAUCCUGUGGCAUUGUUCUAACAGCCAAUCAGCGUUGAGGACAAAAUCUGGCCGCAGUGAGCAAAAGCUUGUGAGACUUUGUAUCAGGCCCAAUUUUAGCUUGAUGACGUAAGAGAGAUUGUAUGAGAACUGCUAAAAUUGGGCCUGAUCUCAGGUUAGAGAUGGAAUGACAAAUAAAUGUGAGGCUUAUGAUGGUCUUUCGGUCUCGUAAAACGGACUGCAAGUAGAUAAACUGAGCAGAGCAAAUUGCGAAGGAAAGACGAAAACUCUUCCACAAAUUCAUGGAGUUACAAAUAGCCACUCGUAAACAAAAGUCUUGAAACCUCAUCUUCGCCGAGUUAUACUAAAAAAAGAGAACCUAAAAAAGAGAACGUCUUAAGUCUACCACAUCGAGUUUCCUCACAUUUUAAAAGAACUACCUAUAGAGGUGAAGCCUGUUCAGUUUCUUGGCGGUAAUAUAUCAUUAAUGGACGUUUCACGGAUUGUCGCCAUCAGCAUCUCUAUCACACAACAAGGUCUGUUUUCAUCCUCUCCGUAGUAGUAUCUUGACCUUAUAGAGUUUGUAUGUUGCGUUUCUUUUUAAGUAAAUCUCGACAUUUCAUUGUUGUUCAGGCGAAUGUAUUCUAGAAGCCCGGCUUUACUUAAGUGUCAUUGUCUGAGAAAGUGUUCCAGAGGUCAAAAGUUGUGGUCAACCGAUUUGGCUGAAACUUGGCACAGAAGUUGGGUGUGAUGAGAUAUUUCAAAAGCCACUUUGGCUCACUUCUCUGACUUUUAGUUUUGGAGUUACGGGGGGGAGGGGGGGUCUCAUUUUUGGCCUUUUGAGCACUAAAAAUCCAGCCUUCCUGGGGGAAUUUUGAAAGUGCCGUGAGACCCCACUGGUAAAUUGUGCUACCAAAUAAAUUUGACCAUGAACUCUACUAUAAUAGAGCUUUCAGUUCACGCAUGUAACUUUGUCUUCAAGGUAUUGCACAGAGAGGAGCCUGGCGCUAGAGUUUGGCCAAAAUUGAUGAUGUUACGAUUACAAGUCAAAAUAGCCAUUUUUCAAAAUUUCAGUAUAUUGACCUGCCUUCUUGCAUAACUUCCAUACCUAUACCACUGUUUACUUUAGUCACCCAAUUAUCAAAAUCAGUUGAGAAAAAUUUGACUUAUUAUGGUUUAUAGAAUUUUUGGAACAAACACUUCAUGCCCCUCUAAGGCGAUGCAAAAUGGAAUUUUGAGCAUGAUUCAGGCCAUAAACAAACCAAAUUGUUGACGAGAAGCCCUUAUUCUGUAUUUGGUAAGUGAAAAUUAAUUGUCAAAGCCAAAUCAGUUUCGUUGUCUAGAAAUACACCGACUCUUACCUUAAAAUUGAUUUGAAACUGGCCUCUACUUAGCCCACAAACACGUGAUUUAGCAAAAGAAGGGUGAUUUUUUUUCUUUGAAAACCUACUAACCAUCAUAGAACACAAAUGAUAAUGGUCUGACCUAGAUAUAACGAUCUUUUUACAAGAUGCCUAAAUUUUUCUUUGAUUUAUAUUCGGUUUCAUGUCAUAUUUCUAAGCAUUACUCCAAACAUGGAAAGUCUCCAUAUUUUGUCAGGCCCAUUUUUUAUACUUUUACCGGAUAAAGUUAGCUUAACAAAACGUUCGUUAACAUAUAAUCUUCGUCUUGUGGUCUUGUUAAUGGCCUGAAUAGUUGUUGUAAAUACCCGUCAGCAAAGGAGCAUGACCAUACAUACAUAGAUUAUACAAACAAAUAGGACCUUCAGUGAGCAGGAUCGAGGUUACCUCUGAUUUUCCGGGCCCUUUAGAGCUGAGAAAAUGAAAUCAUCCAUCCACAGUUAGGAGAGGUGGAUAACAAAAAGCUUAUGUCGCUUUAUUAAAGAAAAUAAGCCAAAAAAAAGGCCUUGCAUUGAGAUGAUACAAUUGUUAUUAUAUCAAAUUAACUGGCCCGCCAUUUUGGACUUGGCGAGUGUGGGGACUGGACCGAGUUCCCAUUCAAUCCUUCUCCCCUUUCGCGGGCAUUUUUUGUGUUUUUCAUCAGGUGUGUUCGAAAUUCUAGAGAGAUAAUUUUACGAUGGCACUUUAUUCCUUUGAAGGGGUAAAUGACCAGUGCCGUGCCACGUCAUGGGCUGUGCAACAAACAGGAAUGCUUCCUUUUUUCUUGUCUUGCCAUAGUGACAUGACUGCAUGGUUUAAGGGCAAGUAGAAGGGUUCGGGUGUGUCCGGGGAAGAAGAGGAAGGCCUUGUGAUACCAAAGCUACAGAUGAUUCAAAAGAUCAGUUAUAGAUCAUACACGUGCACAAAUGGCUUUUAUCACGAUCUAGGGGACUCUUCUGAUUGAAGAUAGAUGACGAUAUAUAAUUUACGAUAUUGUCGUCUCAAAUUGUUUGUUUAUGGUAUCAUCUCAAUGAAAGGCUUUGUUUGGGUUAUUUCCUUUAAAAAAGCAACAAAAGCUUUUUGUUAUCCAGCUCUCCUAACUGUGGAUGGAUGAUUUCAUUUUCUCAGCUCUAAAAGACUCAGAAAAUCAGAGGUGCCAAUCAGAGGCCCAUUUCAGAUCAAUUUUAAGGUAAGAUUCGGUGUAUUUCUAAACAACGAAACUGAUUUUGCUUUGACAAUUCAUUUUCACUUACCGACUACAGAAUAAAAGCUUCUCGUCAACAAUUUGGUUUGUUUAUUGCCCGAAUUAUGCUCAAAAUUCUAUUUUGCAUCGCCUUAGAGGGGCAUGAAGUGUUUGUUCCAAAAAUUCAAAAAACCAUAAUAGGCCAAAUUUUUCUCAACUGAUUUUGAUAAUUAGGUGACUAAAGUAAACAGUGGUAUAGGUGUGGAAGUUAUGCAAGAAGGCAGGUCAAUAUACUGAAAUUUUGAAAAAUGGCCAUUUUGAGUUGUAAUUGUAACAUCAAUUUCGGCCAAACUCUAGCGCCAGGCUCCUCUCUAGGCAAUGCCUUGAGGACAAAGUUUCAUGCAUAAACUGAAAGCUCUAUUAUAGUAGAGUUCAUAGUCAAAUUCAUUUGGUAGCACAAUUUACCAGUGGGGUCUUAUGGCACUUUCAAAAUUCCCCCUGGAAGGCUGGAUUUUUGGCUCUCAAAAGGCCAAAAAUGAGAACCCCCCCUCCCCCCCUGUAACUCCAGAACUAAAUGUCAGAGAAGCGAGCCAAAGUGGCUUUUGAAAUAUCUCAUCACACCCAACUUCUGUGCCAAGUUUCAGCCAAAUCGGUUGACCACAACUUUUGUCCCCUGGAACACUUUCUCAGGCAAUGAUACUUAAACUUACAAUUUGGCUCCUAUUCCGUUAUUUUCUUAGCAAAACGAUGUAUUUUCCGUCAUGUGGGACCGUUGUAGAUUAAAAGUGGUUGUCAGAGAAAACCGGGCAAAAUGUUAAAAAUGUCAACGGAAGAGGGUCAACAGAAUAAGCUCAUACUAACACCAUAGAUAGGUUAGGUGGAGUAAUGGACAAAUAUAAUAAACAUAGGUUCUUCACUGCUCUUGUAUUAGAGAUACGAGCAUCACUUUAUUUGACCCCCUCGGACGCCAUUUUUGUAAGCAAAUGUUGACCAUUUUCUGAAGCUCACAAACUCCUCAAAAUUAAACUAGCGAAGUUCAUUUUCUGUAUGCCAUACAACACAACACAGGACUAUCUUCGAAAACCAUAAACAUUGUUAAGUAGCUACGGGCAAGACUAAAACUUUCUUAUUUAACUCAGUGUCUGCAAGCGAAUCAAAAAUCGGUCGUUUUUGAAUUGAUCUGUAGCGCACAACUAAAAGGAUAAUAAAACUCUGGCAGCCAAAUUGCAGCCUACAAUCAUCCAUGUUACCAAAACACUAAUAAUCAUUUUGGCUCGUGGGAAAAGGGAGAAAUUAGAAAACUCACAUUUGUCAUAGGUGCCAACCUUUUUCUUGAAAAUAGGCCGAUCCCUUCUUGUUUGUUUUAAGUCCUCUUCAUGAUUUUUGUUCCCUAUUUCGCUGUCAGCUAUGGUCAGCAGGUAGAGGAAAUAUCAAAAAGUUCGAAAUACUGUCACUGUAACAUCUUGGAACGGCAAAAAGUGCUAAGCCAUGGGAUAAAACUAGAAAACAACAACGCGACGCCAUCUUGAAAGUUUAUUACUCGGGAGGGACUGGCACCAGUAGUUGACAAGACUACUAAUAACAAGGUAAAAGACAGAAACAAACGACUCAGUAAAUAAAUGCACACUUCUUAUACAAAUCACGAACAAACCCUUACCAGCUACUUGCUCCAAUAUUACUUCUCUGUUUACUACAUUUGGUUCGUUCACUUCUGGGUUAUCAUUUUUUUUCCGGAGUGAAUGGAGUGGAGAAUAUAAUGGGCUAUUAACCUGGGACUUCUCUUUCCGUUUGGGAGGCGAAAAAGAAAAAUAAGAACUCCUGAUCGCAGGUUAAUGGGUGAUUAACUCGACGUACCACAUCCGUUCUUCAUUUUGAGUUAUCCCGUGAAUGUGGAUAACAUUUACCUUAUGGCUUACUAGGAAUCAAUUCACCUCGUUUUAUAGCUUGCGCAGAAGCUCUUUUUCAAGUCUGUAGGUUUUGCGGUCUGGUUUGUGGGAUUUAUAAGGUAUUCAAAAUUCGUGCAAAAAUUGUUCUAAAAUAGACUGGUUAUUAAAAACGCCGUGACACGACUACAUAGAAGCGGCUCGCUCCGGGUUAUGUAACUCGAAUUACUUCAUGCGCUCUCCAUUUUGAGUUAUCCCGCGGUUGUGGAUAACAUUCACCCUAAGGUUUACUGGGAGUCAAUUCACCUCCUGAUGAUUUUUCUUCCCUAUUUCGCCAUGGUCAGCAAGUUAAUUCCACAAAACUCGAAAUACCGCCAUUGUUACUUUAAAACGGUGAAAAGUGCUGAACAAUUGGAUACAAUUAGAAUAUAAUAAAGGGACGCCAUGUUAGAAAUCCAGUACUCGGAAGGGACAGGUACUAGUACUUGCCUUGUCUCCAAACGGAAACUAGAUGGUCUCAUUUGGAGGAGAGACAAACUAUGCAAAUACAGAUCAUGAGGUACAUGCAAACAAAGCAACAAACAGUUGUUAUCUACGUGCUCGACUCUUUGAUUUCUGUUAAUUACUCUUGGUAGUUAAAGUUAAGAGGGAUGGUGACGGGUGAUUAACUGGCUGAUUAACUCAUUCGCCCUUUCACUUCAUUUUGAGUUACCCCGUAAAAGUCAUAACAUUUCUUUCUUUCAACUUUUUGGUCUUUAAUUUACUUUUGGGAUUAGAGGUAUUGACGUUUUUAUUAUAUCCGUCUAUUGUUGCGUCAUUCUCCGAUCACCGUCCACGUCUGAACAUCCACUCGUCUCCCGUUCCUUUCAAGAACAGGCUCAGUAAUAAAUGAUGUUGCUGGUGACCCUUUUUCUUCUACCUUAGCGCCUGUUUACAUGGAGGUGGGGGACCCCAGGUAGGUGAGGUGACCCGCCGCAUGUUACCUCACCUAUCUAGGGUCCCCCACCUCCAUGUAAACAGGCCCUUAGAUGAAACGGCGGGGGCAUUCCUUAUGAUAGCCUAUAGUAUGCAGGCAGGCUCCGCCCGAAAGACUACGUCUUUCAGGCAUCAGGAAUAAUAUGGGGUGCUUUCCAUUAUAACAAAAUUUUCGGAAAUUUCGGUCGAGAAAUAAAUGGGACGCUUUGGUCUGCCUAGAAGUUUUCCGUUCAAAAUGGUCCACCUCCAGAGGUGGUCCUCUUGGACGGUUGGUCCGGUCCGACCGAAACUUCCCGUUCCAUUUCCAAAAAUUUUCGUUUUCAGUCCUACCUUGCUAAGCAGCAAUCAAAAUUUCGGUCGAAACGCAAAUGGAUCGUUUCGAUGCGAUUGAAAACGUUAUUUCAAUAGAACAAUGUCUCUCCAUUUUGUCUUGAUCAUUCUACUUAUCAUGAGGGUUUAGUUUGGCAAAUGGAAAGCGCUCAUAGCCUGCGAUGCAGGCGGCCCACGCACGCAUAGCCUGGACCAUUGGUAUAGUCCGUCUAGCCUGNGAUUAACUCAUUCGCCCUUUCACUUCAUUUUGAGUUACCCCGUAAAAGUCAUAACAUUUCUUUCUUUCAACUUUUUGGUCUUUAAUUUACUUUUGGGAUUAGAGGUAUUGACGUUUUUAUUAUAUCCGUCUAUUGUUGCGUCAUUCUCCGAUCACCGUCCACGUCUGAACAUCCACUCGUCUCCCGUUCCUUUCAAGAACAGGCUCAGUAAUAAAUGAUGUUGCUGGUGACCCUUUUUCUUCUACCUUAGCGCCUGUUUACAUGGAGGUGGGGGACCCCAGGUAGGUGAGGUGACCCGCCGCAUGUUACCUCACCUAUCUAGGGUCCCCCACCUCCAUGUAAACAGGCCCUUAGAUGAAACGGCGGGGGCAUUCCUUAUGAUAGCCUAUAGUAUGCAGGCAGGCUCCGCCCGAAAGACUACGUCUUUCAGGCAUCAGGAAUAAUAUGGGGUGCUUUCCAUUAUAACAAAAUUUUCGGAAAUUUCGGUCGAGAAAUAAAUGGGACGCUUUGGUCUGCCUAGAAGUUUUCCGUUCAAAAUGGUCCACCUCCAGAGGUGGUCCUCUUGGACGGUUGGUCCGGUCCGACCGAAACUUCCCGUUCCAUUUCCAAAAAUUUUCGUUUUCAGUCCUACCUUGCUAAGCAGCAAUCAAAAUUUCGGUCGAAACGCAAAUGGAUCGUUUCGAUGCGAUUGAAAACGUUAUUUCAAUAGAACAAUGUCUCUCCAUUUUGUCUUGAUCAUUCUACUUAUCAUGAGGGUUUAGUUUGGCAAAUGGAAAGCGCUCAUAGCCUGCGAUGCAGGCGGCCCACGCACGCAUAGCCUGGACCAUUGGUAUAGUCCGUCUAGCCUGCGAAUAGCCCACGUUCGAUAUAUUAAAAUUCUAACAUGACUCCGAGGCUUUCUAGUCAUUUUUCUAUAUUUGGUAAGGUUUGGUUUUCUUUGUGCUCGAGUCUCUUCUGGGAAUUGCGAGACAAUGGAGUCGUGAAAAUUUGAAACUUUGAACCUAAAGCCUCGGAGUCAUGUUAGAAUUUUAAAACAUCGAAAGUGGGCUAUUAGUGCGCAAAAGCUAUUGUCCACCAAUUCGAAGACCCUGUAUUCAGCGGUUUCUUAUUUUCUAAUCAACCAAUCGAAAUUAUAGACCUUAAAGUUAAUAAAAAAAUGUAAAACCGGUUAAACCGACUAAAAAUAACACACGACCUUAUCUUAAUGAGAUUCCUGCGCAUUUUAUUCAUGAGAUAAAGAUUAAAGGUUAUCACGCCAUUGGCGUCAAUGUAUUCCCCCACAAGUUAAUGAGAUUCCCCCGCAAAAAAAGGAGUAACCAGUCCCUACUAUACUACUGAGCUCCAGUUUCCAGAUUAGUAGUUCCGGGCUUAAAUCGGUCCGAAGGAGUACUUUAACGCAGUAUAAACGUUUUGAGAAAAAUGAAAACCGGUUAUAAGGGCCUCAUAUGAAGAAACAUUAUGACUUCUGUGUGUAAGACCAACAGGCCCUUCGAUAACAGCGAUAACUACCCGAAACGCAUGCAUAGCCGAUCAAGAUCUUAAACUUUCCUCUUAAUUUUUUUCCUUGCUUUUUAAGACUACAAAUAAUGUCGUGGUCAUCAUAACAGAUAGGGUAAUGCAAAUUUACUUGAAUAGUAUACUGAAACUGGCAAAUUAAACUUCCUUUUUUUCCAAUAGUCCUCUUGUGACGUUGUGUUGCACCGAGUUAUGAAAGACAACUCCUUAUUUAUUUUGCUGUUGUCAUCCACUAUCCCUGAGUGUUCGCUCUUUCGUUUUCUACUUUAAAUGGGUUUCUGUGUUUCCCUGCAAUUAGAACACGCUUACUAAUUUAAAAAAAAAAAGAGUUUUAUCAUAAAACGAAAUGAGAUAAGACUGAACUGUAAAAUUACCUAUACCACGUUGCUUUCAGUGAAUCUCUUUUCACAGAGCGUUGUCACAAGAAAAGAUUAGAUUAUGUAAGGGACAGGAGGGGCUAGGGUAAUAACAUGUAACCUCACCUGCCAACAAAGGAAAGCUAGCUCUUACCCAAUUACCCCUCCUAGUCACUUAAAAAAAUAUGACCAGCACUCACUCUCCACUGACAUUUACAUGAAUCCACCCCCAUUAUACAGUAAAUUUUUAAGACGGCUGUGCAAGGAACAGUACCUUAAAACUACGUUCGACAUUAGCCGUCCAUUUCAGAAUAGGCCGAAUGCGCGUAGUCUUCUGAAUCGUCUUGUGAAUAUCUGGAUUGCAGCUCCCAAUUAUUUGCGUCACGCAGGAGCCCAUAACCUACAGCGAGCAGCUUUUAUGUAGUCGUGUCACGGCGUUUUAACUAACAAGUUUAUUUUUAGAACAACUUUGGCGCGAAUUUUGAAUACCUUAUAAGUCCCACAAACUAGACCACAAGACCUACAGAUCUGGAAAAAGGGCUCCUGCGCAAGCUAUGAAACGAGGUGAAGUGAUUUCCAGUAAGCCAUAAGGUGAAUGUUAUCAACAUCCACGGGAUUUCUCAAAAUGAAGAACGGAUGAAGUACGUCGAGUUAAUCACCCAUUAACCUGCGAUCAGGAGUUCUUACUUUUCUUUUUCGCCUCCCAAACGGAAAGAGAAGUCCCAGGUUAAUAGCCCAUUAUAUUCUCCACUCCAUUCACUCCGGAAAAAAUGAUAACCCAGAAGUGAACGAACCAAAUGUAGUAAAUAGAGAAAAAAUAUUGGAGCAAGUAGCUGGUAAGGGUUUGUUCGUGAUUUUUAUAAGAAGUGUGCAUUUAUUUACUGAGUCGUUUGUUUCUGUCUUUUACCUUGUUAUUAGUCGUCUUGUCAACUACUGGUGCCAGUCCCUCCCGAGUAAUAAACUUUCAAGAUGGCGUCGCGUUGUUGUUUUCUAGUUUUAUCCCAUGGCUUAGCACUUUUUGCCGUUCCAAGAUGUUACAGUGACAGUAUUUUGAACUUUUUGAUAUUUCCUCUACCUGCUGACCAUAGCUGACAGCAAAAUAGGGAACAAAAAUCAUGAAGAGGACUUAAAACAAACAAGAAGGGAUCGGCCUAUUUUCAAGAAAAAGGUUGGCACCUAUGACAAAUGUGAGUUUUCUAAUUUCUUCCUUUUCCCACGAGCCAAAAUGAUUAUUAGUGUUUUGGUAACAUGGAUGAUUGUAGACUGCAAUUUGGCUGUCAGAGUUUUAUUAUCCUUCUAGUUGUGCGCUACAGAUCAAUUCAAAAACGACCGAUUUUUGAUUCGCUUGCAGACACUGAGUUUAGGUCAGGUAAAAUAAGAAAGUUUUAGUCUUGCCCGUAGCUACUUAACAAUGUUUAUGGUUUUCGAAGAUAGUCCUGUGUUGUGUUGUAUGGCAUGCAGAAAAUGAACUUCGCUAGUUUAAUUUUGAGGAGUUUGUGCGCUUCAGAAAAUGGUCAAAAUUUGCUUACAAAAAUGGUGUCCGAGGGGGUCAAAUAAAGUGAUGCUCGUAUCUCUAAUAAAAAGAGCAGUGAAGAACCUAUGUUUAUUAUAUUUGGCCAUUACUCCACCUAACCUAUCUAUGAUGUUAGUAUGAGCUUAUUCUGUUGACCCGCUUCCGUUGACAUUUUUAAGGUUUUGCCCGGUUUUCUCUGACAACCACUCUUAAAACCGGUCAAACCGGUGUCCUGGAGUACAAAUACCGUGAGAUAUUUGUACUCGUUUUAAGCGUUAUUUGUACUCUACCAAGUGAAGUUGAAUAGUAGUAGUAGUAAACCUUUAAUUAACUAGGGUAAUCCCUUCAGAAUACUUAAAAGUAUAUCUGUUAUCAAUAGGAGCCCUAAAUUAAGACUAAUAAAAAAGUUCAAAAAAAAUAAGAAGAAACUAAGUAACUAUUUGUUAAUAAUAGUACAGUAUAACAAUUAAAACUAAUUCUUAUUUACUAAUAAUAAAAUAUGAUAUCGGACGAUCCAGACUCUGCGAAUCGUAUCCCAUCUCAGAGGCUUUACAUGAUGCUCUCCGGGAAACGUUUCUCAAGGUGGCCAAUAACGAAAUGUAAACUGCUAAACGGCACCGAAACCAGCUUUAGGCGCGCCCUGGCUUUAAGUAACUGUCGCUCGUGUUAAAGAGAGAAUUGUGAGAGGAGCGGGUAAAAAACCAAAGAGAAAGGGAGGGAGGGGAGGGGGGGCGGGUUAGAUAGAAAUUCGCUAAAUUCUGUCUACAGCCACUUCUACACAAAUCCCUAACCACAAAACACCCAAAAAAAGACAAAUGCAAACAACGUAGAAAACAAUCUAAGACAGGGGAAGUUGAGAAAUUACAAAAUGUUUGCUAACCCGGUUUUCAUGAAUCCAGGUAGAUAUAAAGUAUGGUAUUGAUGUAAACAAAUUUUGAUGAAUAUCAACUACUUCAAUAACACAGCAACCCGAAAGAGCUCUCGGUAUUUAUAUAUAGGAUAAUUCCCUCGCUCCGAGCACGCUGCGGUCAUUAUUUUUAAGAAGGCCGAGGCAGACAUGUUGCUUUUGAUCCAAUUCCAAGAAAUACUUAAAAACCUCAGUUUUAAAACUGGAGAUUGAACCAAGUUCUCUUUACUCUUUCGGGAGAUCAUUCCUGUCCUUGACAGCGGCAAAUUUAAACCAGUGCUUGUCCCAUCGCUGAGGACAUAGUAUCUCCUCAAAUCUAACAGAGUGGCAUACCUAAAAGAUCCAUUAUGUAAUUGUGAUCUCUUGACUACCGUCGAACCUGUAUUAAGCAGCACCGUAUUAAGCGAUCACCCUGUAUUAAGCGUUCAGGUUUCAAAGUCCCGAAAAUUUACUUCCCCUGACUGUAAUUUCGACCUCUAUUAAGCGGUCGCGGUUACCAUUUGCGAAGUCCCAACGGGACUUUUUCUAUUGUCUUGACCUGUAUUAAACGGUCACACGGCGUCAAUUGUUCAUACAGUUUCAAAUAAUGUAACACGUGGGGUACAACAAUUGAUUUCCUUGUUAUUUUCGCAAAUCAUUAAAACGCCGGAAAUAAAUGUUUCUAUUUGAGGUCAAACGUCUGAUCUGAUCAGCACUGGAGAUCGAAUUCUUUAUGACGUACAUUUGCGAACAAAAAUAAUUGAAAAUAAAAGACAAUUUGAAGUUCUAAAAUUAGACUACCCAUGUCGAAAUCUCGUCAUAUGAAUUUAAAAUCGCAAUGAACGCAGUCGAAAUAGCAUCAUUCGAACUUGAAGUUACUUUGAACAAGUUGAAACUAUAAAGGGAAAACUCGACAUCGCGGUUGUUGAAGUUCAAAUCACCAUUCCAACUAAAAUGCAAAUUACAUGAUUUGAACUUCAAUUCACCUUUAGUCCACUCUAAUAAGCCACUUAAUCGUCAACAAUGCAACCAUAAUCUUCCACAAAAUUCCAAAUGAAACCUUUAAUUUGAACUUAAAGUCACGUCACAUAUUCGAAUUCGAAAAACCAAAAUUUCAAUUCGAAAGGAAGGGGAAGUAAAAAUACACAGGAACCGGAAAUGAAAAGAGUUUCGCUACACUGCUGCUUAACCAAUGGUUAAAGCUAACCAUGGUUUGAGCAACUCAGCCCAGGUCAAUAUGGCGGACAAUGUGAAUGGUUAGGGUGACUCUAGGACAAUCCAACAGAUUGUGAGGGCUGUUGUGGCAAACUUAAACUUUAUAAAAGGAGAAGCGUUAAGGCUUCUGAGAACAAAUUCCUCUACAUUUACUUUGGAGGAAAAUAUGAGUAAUUUCAAAACACUCCUGCAGAAUAGAGAUUACCCAGCUAGAAUUGUAGAAAAACACCUUUUAGAGAUUAAAUUCUCUGAUAGAGAAAUUUCGCUAGCGCAGAAAAACAAAACCGCACCUAAGAAAAUACUGCCCUUUGUAACACAAUACCAUCCGGCGUUGCCUAACCUAAAGGACACACUCAUGGGGAAAUGGCGCCUUAUAGAAAAUCAACCGCAACUGAGAGAACUCUUUAAGGAGCCCCCCAUCAUCUCAUAUCGUAAGGGAAAAUCCCUAAAGGACACCCUAGUUAAAGCUAAGCUAUGAAGGCUUUAUUAGCAUUUAUUCAUCCGCGAACUGCAGGAGUCGUGUAGGCUUGUCAACACAGUUAGCAGAGUUGACAAAGUUCUCUCAUGAGCAUCAAGUCGACGAAAUAAAAAUUCAGAAUUAUCAUAUGAUGCUGAGUUUAGAUUAGUUUCUGAUACCUCUAACAGUCUAACCAGUCCAACGAAAAACUCUUCGUUGUUCGGUAGCCAUCCAGCCACCAUGAUGAUGAUCACAUCAGAGAUGGGGAAGCUCAGGUUCCAAGCCUCCCAUCUGUAGACUCGUACCUACAACGUAGUCGUUACUCGGUUCCUAUGUAUUUUUACUUCCCCUUUUUUCGAAUUGAAAUUUUGGUUUUUCGAAUUCGAACAUGUGACGUGACUUUAAGAUCAAAUUAAAGGUUUCAUUUGGAAUUUUGUGGAAGAUUAUGGUUGCAUUGUUGACGAUUAAGUGGCUUAUUAACAACUUCAACAACCACGAUGUCGAGUUUUCCCUUUAUAGUUUCAACUUGUUCAAAGUAACUUCAAGUUCGAAUGAUAUUUUCGACUGCGUUUAUUGCGAUUUAAAAUUCAUAUGACGAGAUUUCGAUAUGGAUAGUCUAAUUUUAGAACUUCAAAUUGUCUUUUAUUUUCAAUUAUUUUUGUCUGCAAAUGUACGCCAUAAUUCUUUGAACUGUAUUUCUUGCGACCCUUAUUAGGUGGUCACUGGCAAGCGACAAUUAAUUUCCCUCCUUUUAAGAGCGAAUGAAUUUGACGGUUUCUCUGUGGUCUCAAAAUUAAGUCCUCAAUUGCUGUAAGUGCUAAGCGUUAUUGUUGUGGAAUUUUUAUUGAAGGCGCGAAUCGCAAAGUCUAUCCCGCGAAAUAUCCCUCGGGUGGCGAGGAGCGAGAGGAGAUGGUUGUAUUUGCAGGCUAGUUUACCACCAAACCCGGCCAUUUCAAAUUCUUUCUUUCAUUCAGCAAUUUUGUUGGCAUAUGACCCCAAACAAGAAAAUGAUCAAAACUCGGAGCGAGUCCAACCCAAGCUAUUUCCCUAAGCGGAGCUUUGGGGAAAUGGUCAAGUGUAACCGCACCUAUUGUAAACUAAUUUGAGUCAAGCUAUUGAAACUGCAAGGCAGAUUUCUUUUGCCUCAGCACAAACUUACUUCGUUCUCCUAUAAAACCUAAUUUAUCAUAUCUUUGUGAUCUUGAAGACAAUUAGCCUGCUCUUUUAUAUUCCUUUGAUGUUGUGUGUCUCGUUCAAUCUUCCUUUGAUAGGUUCAAACGCGACAGUGGAAUUGUGGUUCGGUCGUUACGUGUAAUUGUGGUGCAGUGGUGAGAGAUCAUAAUGAUGUUAUUGAGUUUACCAUCUGCAGUGAUUCGCUGAGAGAUAAUAAGAUCACACCUAUCAGAUACAGGAUAUUAAGCAAGAAAUGCUUAUCGUCAGGAGUAUCCAUA